CUUCCUGUUGGGCGGCACCAGGCGGCGGUCACGUAGUUCAGGUUACCGUGCUGCAGCCUUUCGCGCGUUGGUGGGUUUCUGUGCACCCGUCCCCGCCGUUCUUUCGCCAGCAUGCCGAUGUUCGUGGUGAACACCAAUGUCCCCCGCGCUUCCGUGCCGGACGGGCUCCUUUCCGAGCUCACUCAGCAGCUGGCGCAGGCCACCGGCAAGCCGGCCCAGGAUCUACAUCAACUACUACGACAUGAACGCGGCCAACGUGGGCUGGAACAACUCCACCUUCGCUUGAGGGCCGCGCUGGCCCUACCCGCCCUGCACCAAGGCCCUGCUGCCCGCAGUAUUGUGCCCGCUUCGCCCCCAGCGACCCCCACCUCCAGGUCCGGAGAAAUAAACGGUUUGGAGGCUGCUGCUGCUUCGGGCUUCCUUGGCUUGCGGAGGAGUGGGUGCAGGGCCGGGACAGUGACUGGGGAACCGAGGGCGGGAGGGGUGCCCUCCCGGAACCUACUCUUAGAGUCCUUUUGCCUAGCCUUGGCUGUCCUGUGCCCCCAGCAGAAGCCUCAGUCUUGAUUGGCAUCCUGCCCGGGGCCACAGACCCAGGAAUCAGACUCAAAUCGGAGCCUCCCAUUCAACGUUUGCUGUUUGCAGCUUGGCCCUCCCAGGGCAGGUUCACGAUUGUGCCCUUGGCGGGAACCCAGAGUUGAAUCCAUUCCCACCUGCGGGGGCGGGGCCACCACGUAGGCUAAGUCUGCCCGGGCUCAGGCUGGCUGGGGUCGGGUCAGGGGGAGAAGGGGAGGGAGAGAUCAGAAUCAAAAUCUGAUUUGCUUUAGAGGUUGGAGAGUCAGCUGGGUCUGGGCUUUUCUCCCAGCCCCACCUUCCUCCAUCUACCAGAUGGGCAAAGGGUACCCUGCGAAAAGGAAGCCUUCACUUCCCUGUUCCCCAGGAUCAAACCCUGCCCUAGUUCCCUAGUUUCUUGACCUGGAAAGUCCUGUUGUUCUGGAACUUUUGGACAGCUUUCAGGUGGGAGUGGGGAGGUACACAAGAGGCAGAGUUUUUGGUUAUAUUGCCCUGACGUCCCUCAAAUCUGUGUCUAGCCUCUGCUCUCCUUAGGCACCCAGGUCUCCACCACAACAGUUUCUGGACACAACACAGGGCCUGUAGUUUUGAAGCCAUUCAUGUUUUAUGGAAUAGUGCCUCUGGAAAGCCUUCAGGUGUUUAGUGCACCUUGCAGGGACACUGAAGGUCCUGGCCCUCGGGGCACUGUCAACAAUAAAAUCAGUUAUCAAGGCCCA